UGCUGUGAAUUUACACCACUUUUGAUUUCAUUUGAAGUGGAGAUGGGGGUCCAUAAGAGACAAAGCGGAUGAGGUGAACUCCCUAUUUUUAAGAAUAGACAAUGGGUCAUGCAACACUUUAUUCCUACCCAUAGCAUGCUAUUACUAUAUGUAACUUUUUCGUGACAAUAUCGUGGAACAUCAAUUUUGCCUUUUCCAUAGGCACCCUUCCAGUGAGUGCCCCUGUUACUCAGGUCUAACAUUACCCGUGGUCCGACGCCCCUGCUCUGCUGACAUAGUACGAAACAAGAAACUUCUGCCUUUAGGUGUGAAAACUUGGUUGGGGUGUGGAAGCCAUAAAGAGUACUGCUCAGUUCUAGUCUUCUUUGAAAAAGCUGUGUUUGUCCCCAUAACUGAUUUUAUAUUUAAUUGAAAACUGAAUCAGUACUUUUUUAUUUUAUUUUUUUAUUUGAUCACCCUCUGAUGAUCUUUGUUAUUGAUCAUGAAAACAUGGUAUAUGUGAAUGCAUCUACCUACACAGGAAAAUACUUUUUAGUGUGCACAGGAUGUACGUUAGGUGAGAAAGUUGUGUCAUUCAGAAGAGGCUGCAUCAAAAUACAUACUGUGAAAAUGUAGAGGUUACAUCUCAGCAUAGCACUGCAAGCCAAUCCCAACCUGCUGCUGUACAAAAAUAAAGUCAUACUUGAUAGAAAGAGUCUGACAUAUAAUCAACUGUAAGAUAUUCUGUUAAAUGCAGAGGACUGCUAAUAUGCAUAUUUCUCAUGUGGUUUUCAUUGUAUUGACUGACUUCAGCUUUGCCAAUGAUUGGUGCUACUUUGGAUGUGAAAACUCUCCCUCCCAUUGGGGUAAACACUAUCCCAAAUGUAAUGGUUGUAAGCAGUCUCCAGUCAACAUUGACACUCAGAACGUCACGAAAAACCAUAAGUUUGGAUCUUUUGACUUAAUUAACUUCACUCUUCCAUACACUAUGAAGAUGCUGAAGAAUACCGGACACACAGUUGAAUGUGAGCUACAGGCAGGUGUAUUGGCAGUUCAAGGAGGAGGUCUGAGGCACAAAUAUACCAUCCUGCAGUUUCACUUCCACUGGGGAGGAAGGGACUUGAUACACCACCUAGGAUCCGAACACUCCAUAGAUGGACACAGAUCUCCUGUAGAGAUGCACAUAGUCAGCCGGAGAAGUGAUCUCAAUGACAGCACGGCAACUGUAUUUCAGGAUGGCUUUGCUGUGUUGGCCUUUUUCAUGGUCAUGGAAGACAAGCAAAAGGAAAAGCCACAGAUCUGGAAAAACUUCACAGAUUAUCUUCAGAAAAUACCAGGACAGGGAAACAAAGUUAGAAUUAUGGAGCCUUUUUCUAUGGAUCAGCUCUUAAAGGGUGUUGAUCUCACCAAGUACUAUCGCUACAUUGGCUCUCUGACCACCCCUCCCUGUGAAGAAGCUGUGGUAUGGACCAUCUUCAAGGACCCAAUUCGGAUCAGCAGAGAUCUGCUACUCAGGUUCCCGGCACAAAUUUCCUUCAACAACGUGUAUCGCCCACAGCAGUUUCUGAAUAACCGUGUGGUCUUUGUGUCAGCUGCUGUCACUGCUGAUUCACUUGCUGAUCACCCAACUGGGCACAUCCGUGUACUUGGAGACACAGGAACUGCUAUGAUAGCUGCUGACACACAGACUGAAGAGACACAGGAAGUAGCUAACGUUAACCCAAAGUUGUGGGCCGCCCACAAAGACGAGGCAGGACUUAUUGAUGUCAUUCUGAACAGAGCAGCGCUACAAACAGAUAAACCAGUAUAUUGUAAAAAAUAUGCACUCUCUGCUGAGAAAGAGGAAGAAAAUUCUCCCUCCCAUAUGGGUAAACACUACCCCAAAUGUAAUGGCUGUAAGCAGUCUCCAGUCAACACUGACACUCAGAACAUCACGAAAAACCAUAAGUUUGGAUCUUUUGACCUAAUUAACUUCACUCUUCCAUACACUAUGAAGAUGCUGAAGAAUACCGGACACACAGUUGAAUGUGUGCUACAGGCAGGUGUAUUGGCAGUUCAAGGUGGAGGUCUGAGGCACAAAUACAACAUCCUGCAGUUCCACUUCCAUUGGGGAGGAAGGGACUUGAUACACCACCCAGGAUCUGAACACUCCCUAGAUGGACACAGAUCUCCUGUAGAGGUUAGAGUCAGCCAGAGAAGUGAUCUCAAUGACAGCACGGCAACUGUAUUUCAGGAUGGCUUCGCUGUGUUGGCCUUUUUCAUGGUCAUGGAAGACAAGCAAAAGGAAAAGCCACAGAUCUGGAAAAACUUCACAGAUUAUCUUCAGAAAAUACCAGGACAGGGAAACAAAGUUAGAAUUAUGGAGCCCUUUUCUAUGGAUCAGCUCUUAAAGGGUGUUGAUCUCACCUUGUACUAUCGCUACAUUGGCUCUCUGACCACCCCUCCCUGUGAAGAAGCUGUGGUAUGGACCAUCUUCAAGGACCCAAUUCGGAUCAGCAGAGAUCUGGUUCAGAUUUCCUUCAACAACGUGUAUCGCCCACAGCAGUUUCUGAAUAACCGUGUGGUCUUUGUGUCAGCUGCUGUCACUGCUGACUCACUUGCUGAUCACCCAACUGGGCACAUCCAUGUACUUGGAGGUCAUAAUCCAUUGCAGAAAUCAUGCAUAUACCAGCAGUACAAAUAUAAAAACUAUGCCCCUGUUAUUGAUUCCUCUGUAUUUAUUUGUAUAAUUUGAGAUACAGUAUUUUGUUAUAUUUGUUAUAUGUAUUUGUUAAAUUCCUAUAUAGCCUACCUAUUUAUAUCCAAUUCAAAAUGGCUGCAUUCACACAGUCAGAGUCUGGCAUUGACAAAUGGAUUAACUAACAGGUGUGGCUCUCAAAUUGUCCUGUAAUAUAUACAAAAGCAGGCAGGAACAGAUGCAAUAAUGUCUGUAUGAAUAAGUAACUAAAGUCAGUCCUCUCCUCUA